AUGGAUAUCAUCGACCCGGGCGAGUAUUAUGCUGAUGGCGAACAUGACGGAUUCAUCUGUCCGACUGAGCCGAUGACAAUCGUACACAUCGAGGUACCUGACGGCAAGGUCUAUCCCGUCUACGCCGAACUUCUCAUCCACUUCUCGGACUAUUUUCGAGUCGCUUUGAGUGAUCGCUGGAAGCAAUCCGAGACGUUGAAGCUCAAGCUCAUCGAUCGAGAGUGGUCUUCCGUAUUUCCACUAUUCGUCCAUUUCAUCACUCGAAUGAAGAUCCAGAAAACAAGCUUGACUGAGCCGGUUCUAGAGAUUUGGGGCAACGAGGUAAUCUACGAGGAUUACCAGCGACCUACCUGGCGAGAGUGCGUCAACCUUUGGCUUCUUGGCGACUACCUGCAGGCACCCAAACUUCAGAACAACGUCAUAGAUGUUAUGGUGAACAGAGUGCAGCUUGGAUGGUGCUGGGGCAGCGACACUUGGCGUCGGGACUUUGUGCCGCCUUUCCAUGUUGCUCGUCGAGUUUGGGAGGCAACGCUGCCUGAUUCACCUCUGCGAUCUUUUUUCCUCGAUAUACUCAAUAAUCCUGGAUGCGUACAGGACCCCAAACUCUUCAUAGGUAAUGCGGCAAUAUUGACAUCAGAGAUCACAGUUGACUUCAUCAUCCACCUUGCUCGCCACUGCCUUCGUCUCUGUCAUACUGGCAACGAUCUGGCAACAAGAACCUACUCAAGCUGCAAUACCGGGGGUGGUGUCUUGUGUGCUAAGCCAGACUGCCCGAGAUGUCAACCUCAGCGUCUUUGUGGACAUGUUGCAGGGAGCCUUACACAAAGUCUAAAACCCCAUGACUACUAUGUCAAGGACAGGGUUCCCAAGAUGCAGAAGGUCUGA